AAUAGCAGUGGUUAUUUUGUGUUGUGGCAAUACGGUUCGUUUAUGUCUCUUGUGUCUUUACAGUUCUGGUUUGUAGUAUUUUGAAUGCGUACGGAAAAAAUAUAUUUAUCUGAAAAUGAAGACGAAACAAUGUGAAAACAGAAACUUAGAACAAGCAUGGUUUAUUCGUUCUUGAUGUUUGAAGAUAACUCCAUAAACAAAUAAAAACAGCAAAAAUAACUAAUGACCACAGGCUUCGAAAUACUUCCUGCCACAGUUUGGUUGCACAUAUCUACAUACUCAUGCUUAAUUGCGGGACUUGUGUUUAUUGAGAGGGAUUUGCUGAUUCAAGAAAAUAACAUGAGUAGUUUAAGACCGACAAGCUUAUCAGACGCCGCGUUAUUACAGCGUCUGGAUAGCUUAAGCAGUAACAGUGAGCCGUCGUCUCCGACUUCCCAGGUGGGGGUGGUACAAACCACUGUGACUUUUGCACCGGCUCCAACCAAAAACAAUUUUUCGACAAAACCAUUGCCAAUUACAAUCAGUAAAUCUCAAUAUAAAAACAACAAUAAUAACGUGUCUCUGCCCUUUAAUGGUUACUUAAAUGGGAGCGAUAAUGCCCCGAGUGAGCCAGUAAAUGCAGAAAAUAUGGAUUCUAAAAAUGGAAUGAGUAUAAUUUGCUGUCGCAUUAUUUCGGACUUCCUCAUUCUGGGUUGUGUUGCAUUACCAGUAUUGGCAUUUCAUCUUUGGGGCACAUCAUAUAAACGCGGAUUUUUCUGUGGCGAUAAGUCUUUGAAACAUCCAUUCAAAAAAAAUACUGUGGACAAUUGGAUGCUAUUUCUGAUGUGUUUCGUAAUUCCAAUAUCAUUAAUCACCACUGUCGAGUUUUUUCUCUCCCACUACAAUAGAACCCGUGGACUCUGUAAUGUGACCUUCCAGCGUUACUUUAUUUGUCGGUUGGAAAUUGCUGACUGGAUCGUGGAGAGUUACAAAAAAAUUGGGCUAUUAAUUUUUGGUUCCGGAGUGGGUCAAUUGACUAUGGAUAUUGCUAAGUAUUCAAUUGGACGUUUACGGCCACAUUUCUUUGCAGUAUGUCAACCCGUCAUGACCGAUGGUACUACUUGCAAUGACACUGUAAAUGCUGACCGUUAUAUUGAGGAAUUCAUUUGCACUGGCAAUGCCACACCCCGCAUGCUUAAGCAAAUGAGCUUAUCUUUUCCCAGCGGUCAUGCGAGCUUCGCCUGCUUCGCUAUGGUAUACAUCACGGUUUAUUUAGAAAAACGUAUGACUUGGGAACGGUGCAAAAUGGUGAAGCACUUCAUUCAAUUUUUACUUCUUAUGUUCGCUUGGUAUACGGGGUUAACACGUAUCUCCGAUAGUCAGCACCAUACAACGGAUGUACUUGCCGGAUCUGCGAUUGGGGCGUUUUACGCUAUUGUGUUGAUACGAACAUUGUGGUGACCAAAGAACCAAAUACUCACCUCCGAUGGAACGGAACUAGAAAUGCCUAAUAUUUACAAAAUAAUUUAUUUUAAUACAUACUUAUAUACAUUUACAUAAAAUAAAUAAAAUAAAAAUAAUAGCGAUA